AUGCGUGACUCUUCACAUGUCCUGAGUCCAUGGUUCAAGAGCUCAAAGGAGACUCCUUUUGAGUUUUAUUUUGGCAAUCGGUUGGGGGAUGUGGCUGAUGAGAAGCUGGAGUUUAACAAGAUGUUCAAUGAUGAUAUGGCUAGUGAUUUGGUGCUUGUUGGUGAUGUUGUCAUGAUGACUUGCAAGGACAUGUUUAAGGGGUUGAAGUCAUUGGUUGAAAUUGGUGGAGGGACUGGAACUAUAGCAAAAGCUAUAACUCAUGUUUUCCCUAAGAUUAAGUGCAUUGUUCUUGAUCUACCUCAUGAGAUUAAUACUGUGAAGGAAGACAUUAGUCUUGUUGAGUAUGUUGGUGGUGAUACGUUUAUCUCUAUUCCUCUUGCUAAUGCCACUCUCUUGAUGGAUAACUUCUAA